AUGUUACCUACCACGAACCCUAUAACGAUCUCGCAGAAUACCGCUGUAAUUGUUCAUCCUUUGGUACUAUUAUCUGUGGUAGAUCAUUAUAAUCGUGUAGCUGAAAGUACUAAAAAGCGUGUUGUUGGAGUUCUUUUAGGACAAAACAAUGGCAAAACCGUUAAUGUGGCAAACAGUUUUGCUGUGCCCUUUGAGGAAGAUGAAAAAGAUCCAUCUGUAUGGUUUUUGGAUCAUAAUUAUGUUGAAGCCAUGAAUGACAUGUUUAAGAAAGUCAAUGCCAGGGAGAAGAUGAUUGGAUGGUACCAUAGUGGUCCUAAACUUCGUGCAUCAGAUCUUGAAAUUAAUGAAUUAUUCAAAAGAUAUACAUCCAAUCCAGUUCUAGUUAUCGUAGAUGUAAAACCAAAAGAUAUAGGCAUACCAACGGAUGCUUACUUUGCCAUCGAAGAAAUCAAAGACGAUGGAACGGCGACCACUAAAACGUUUAUGCAUGUUCCCUCACAAAUUGAAGCGGAAGAAGCCGAAGAGAUAGGAGUAGAACACCUUUUACGUGACAUCAAAGAUAAUGCAGUUGGCACCUUAUCGACCCGAGUUACAGAUCAAUUAAAUUCUUUAAAGGGUUUACAGUCACGCCUCGAGGAAAUUCGUGAAUAUUUACAAAAAGUUGUUAAUCAUCAAUUACCAAUUAAUCAUCAAAUAAUCUAUAACCUUCAAGAUAUUUUUAAUUUACUGCCAAAUCUUAAUGUUAGCGAUACUGUUAAAUCAUUUUCUGUAAAGACAAAUGAUCAAUUAUUGGUGAUUUAUUUGUCUUCUUUAAUUCGUGCUGUUAUUGCGCUUCACAAUUUAAUUAAUAACAAAAUUGAAAAUCUCAAAGGUGAAAGUUUAAAUUCAUAG